UGGGAUAUAAGCCAUAAUCCACGGCCAAGAUCAAGCCAAAUAGUAGUAAAUGCCUUCGCAUAUCUCUCCUUAUUAAGGAACUCAAGGAUGGAAAAUGACAUGGACAGAAAACUCUCAAAUUCCUGAUGGAGCUUGAUGCAAAGCUUAGAGAAAACAUGACCCCUCCAGGCCAGCAGCCAAUGUUCAUGAAAGAUGAGUUGUUCCCCUUUGAAACCACUCCUUCAUCAUCAUCAAAGGGUUGUUACCAUUGGCAAGACUUUCACCACCUUGAACAUCAUCAUCAAGUUCUUGAUGUCAAUGGGUCGUCUCCGAAUCCUGUUUUUGGUAUCCAGACAGCUUGCUAUGAUCCUUUUGAUGCAUUCCCUUACGGCUGUUCAGCAAAUGAUGUUGACUUCUAUGAGUGUAAGCCUUUUGCAGAUAAUGUAGGAGCGGCAGGACAUGGGCAAGUUAUGGAUAAUUUCCAGGGUGGUGGAGGGUACUUGAACCUUUCUCAGAGGAACUCGGAUGAUGUUGUUAUGGGAUCAGAUAGUAUUGGUUACAUGCCCUUUGAUUUUCAAGGUGUGAAGCCUGUGAAUUUCGUUGUGCCAGAUGAAGUCUCCUGCGUGAGUACUGCUGAAAAUGCUUACUACAAGAAAGUUGGCAUGAACAAGAAUAGGGUAUUGGCUUCAACUAAAAGGACUUGGAAAGGUCGUAAGAAGUCCAAUGUAGUCAAGGGACAAUGGACAAUUGAAGAAGACAGGCUCUUGAUUCAAUUAGUUGAACAGUAUGGGGUGAGAAAAUGGUCUCUUAUUGCUCAGAUGUUGCCUGGAAGGAUAGGAAAGCAAUGCAGAGAGAGAUGGCACAACCAUCUAAGGCCAGACAUUAAGAAGGACACAUGGAGUGAAGAGGAAGACAAGGUCCUGAUUCAGGCCCACAUAGAGAUAGGAAACAAAUGGGCAGAAAUUGCAAAGAGGUUGCCUGGAAGAACAGAAAACUCCAUCAAGAACCAUUGGAAUGCAACCAAAAGAAGGCAAUUCUCAAAGCGCAAGUGUCGUUCAAAGUACCCCAGGGGUUCCAUUCUGCAGGAAUAUAUCAAGAGCUUGAACUUGGAGUCAAGCAGCAGCACAAGGUACCAAGAAAAACCUUCCACUGCUACUAAUGCCGCCAUAGCAGACAUGAACACUUCAACCAAAGCACCAAAUCAUCAGCCACAAGCUUUGGAUUUCUGCCCCACCGAUCGUUUAGUGCCAGAAUAUGAUUUUAAUGAGGUCCCAGAUUUUUGUUUUGAUGAGAAACUGCUUCAAGAGAGCUGCAGCAUCGAUUCUCUUCUUGAUGAAAUACCCAGUGCUCCUCCUAAUGUUGCUGGUGCAGCUGAUCCUGUGGACAUGGCUCUGGUGAUGAAAAAUGAAGUGAAGAAGGAGCUGGAUUUGGUGGAGAUGAUCUCCCAGCAGGCUAACAUGUAAUAAGGCCCCCAAAAACCGGCAUAAGACAAAAUUCUGGCCAACUAUCAGAGCAGGUUUUAGGCUUGGUUCCAGGGAAUUUGGCUAAGUUAGAGAAUUAAGGGUGGCAUCAACAGAAAACGGGUGCCAUGCAGAUUUGCAGAAAAGAUUUUUAAUAAUAAAAUAAAGCAACUUAAAUAUUUGUUGGGAAUUGUUCUGACAUGCAAUGUAUGUAUGUAUGUAACUAUGUAUAUGUCGAUGUAGGCAUGCAUGGAAGAUAGCAUACCAUUACUCUUGGAUAUGCUUUAAGGAGUUUUUUUUUUUUUCUUAUUUAUUAAAAUUUAUUAUGCUUUUAAUGCAAGAAAUAAGGUAUGGUGUGAUAAAUGCAACAUUUAUACCGA